AUGAGUAAUUUCAGUUACUCUUCUUUUACUAUAGCCACAUGUACCUUGGUGGAUCCUAAUCGUUGCUCACAAAAUUUUGGUUACUGUAGAAGACGCUGCUUUAAAUAUGAAAAGCAAAUUGAUAUAUGUCUCUCACCAAGUAAAAUUUGCUGCAUUGAGAGGUUGUUUGAAGAAGACUAA